UAGAAGCUUUUCCAACGUUGGUACAAAAAUUUCCAAAAACGGCUUUAAACAUUUAUUUUUCAACAUGGAUUCCGAAGAGGAGCACAGGUUCAGUAUGUCGCCUCCAGAAAACAACAACGACCCUGAUACGAAUUAUGUCGAUGGGGAAUCUUUGCCGUCGAGUCAAAACAGCAUUGAAAGCUUAGAUGAUGAAAACUCUCCUGCUAAUUCGACAACUUUAAUGGAUGAUAUACAACCACAAAAUCAUAAUUCUGUGGAACUUGAUCAGUUCGGCCCAUUUUAUCAAGCCACUCCAGAUUCAUUCAAUGACCAACAGAACCAGGAACCAUUGCGACCUAGUGCAAAUUCAAAUCAUGAAGCAAUUGAAAUGGCAAUCUAUUAUCUUAAUAGAGCUAUAUCAGAAACAAAAGCCACACUGGCCGAAGGAGAAAAGCAAAAUUACAGAAAACAAAUUCUAAACUCCUUGGAUUUACUUUCACAAACAAUUGAUACAGAUGCUUCACAAACACAAACUAGUUCCAGAAGUAUCCGAAAUUUCGAAAACCAAUCAACUACAAUUCAGUUACAAAAUGAUAUCAACCCAGAAGAACAAAAUGGGGAAGGCUCAAUUUUGCCGCAAGGUCAAAAUCAACUGAGAGAGAAUAAAAAAACGGCCCAUAAGAUCGUCGAUAUGGAAACAAAUAUAGACACUUUGGAAGUGAUAUCCAAAGACAAUGAAACCUCCAGUUUCAGUUUGCGUACACAUGGUGGUUAUGCAAAAGUCUUGUUUUAUUUCGAAUUUGAAAUUAUACAUUCGCCGACCGAUUUGGAACCUGUGUGUAAAUCCGUUCGAGCAAAUAUAGGAAAAACUGUAGCUGGUUUGGUUAUACUUGUAGCUACAAUUAUAUUUAAAGAGUGGUAUGACCUAAACAAGGUGUUUACACGCCUCACCAAUUUCAUAAUUAAAGUGCGUCGACGUUUACAUUACCGGAUACAACAAGUUGUCUUGAAAAUCUUACCCUCAUGGCAGCAAGAAUGACGGCUUGGAUAUGUUCUCAUGUCAAAUUGAAAGCAAAUAGAAACCGGAUUGAAUAACAUCUAACAAUUAUCAUCUUUAUUAUUCCUAAUUUUUGCUAGAGCAUAUAUGCAAUUUGAAUAAUGAGACUUGUUAUGACUUGUAAUGAGAAAAUGGUUUAUUUAAUUACUCUGACUUUGAAAAUACUUUCCUUACAGAAUUCUUACUCAUAUAUUUUAUCAAGAGAGCAUUUAAUUUAAUAAACUUUCAUUCAUUGCCUAACCUUUAUCACACUGAUCUCAUCAGUCAAAGUCAAAAAAAUUAGUGUAUAAACUUACAUUUCGAAACAUAUGAGCUAUCUAAAAAAACUUGAGCGCAGCCAUCAAAAAAAGUACACGAAUAUGGGAAUCAAUUCAAUUGACCAAAUUUUUCAGACCACAUUUAAAGAAACUUUAUGACACUGGACUUGAUGACGAUGAAAUUGAAUAUCACAUUUUUACGUCAUUUUAGCGUCAUUAUUCAGCAAAAAUCUCAUUCUUGCGGUUUCAACCUACUUCAAUUACAUUUUUAUCUUAUAAAAUUUCAAUUUCACAUAUCGCUUAUAUUAUUUCUUUUAAAUGUUGGCUUUUAUCUAUGUGAUCAACUUGCACAGCUAUCAGUGUUUAAAAACGAAAUUCAAUUUCGCGGGAAAAUUGGAGAAGAGACCAUUUCGCAGUUUCAAGUACAAUAGGAUAUAUUCUGGUCUGGUACCACAUGGAAAAGACAAAAUAGCUGCUGCAAAAAGUACAAACAAAUUCAAGCGCAAUGAAUUUGUCUGGCCAAUCGAGGGGCCGUGUUUCAAGACAUUCUACAGCUAGUAACCAAAUUGAUCACCACUUAUUCUCUCCAACUUUCUUGCACGAGACUGAGAUUAAUUCCAAUGAACAUCUGUUAUCUUUUCCUCAGAGCUGGCUAUUUCCCGCAAUUAUAGAAUCAGAUUUACAACAUAUGCUUGUAAAUGAACCUGUCACUGGCGGAUUAAAUGCAUUAAAUAACCCGCAAGCUUACAAAAAUCUAAAUCGAAAGCAAGGAUGUUUACAUCUCGAAUAGCAUUUGAUCUUGUGUUUGCAAUGGUUACAUGCUCGCAAUAAUAAACCUUUCUCGUCUUAUUUGCGUUAUUUCCUGGAAAACUUGAAUAUCAAAAAUUGACUUGAUCAUCCAAAAUUUUUCAAUUUGUACUCGAAAUGCGCUAUUGUUACUAAUGUUGAAACGGGUUACUUCAAACGAAAAUAGAAGAAAAACUUGCUGCGAAAACCAACUUGCAGUGUAGUUCACGUCAUUUGCUGCGAAAACCAAUAAAACUGAGCAAACCCAAUUCCCCAGGGGAAUCAAAUCAACACAGCAGAUGAAAAAAUACAUGGAUACACAACACAUGAAACUUUGAUGAUGUUAAUCAUACUCUUUUUCGUGUUAUAUGUCAACAUAGUUCAGACGCCAAAACUACAUUUACAUCAACCCUUUUUAAUAUCUGGCGGUGCUAAUGACAUCAAAAAAUACACACAAGUUCUCCCUAAAUAUUUAAUAGUUUGGUAAAAGAGUUAAGUUCAUUUUGCGGUCAGAUAUUGCUGU